UUUGCAACUCACUUGGCCUAAACUUAACAUUUGUUGGUAUUUGGAGGAAAGCACAACAUUAUUUUUUCGCUGUAGGAACUUAACGGCAAAUAGAAGAACAUUUCGAACCAAGGCCUACAUAGGAUCUGGUGGUACCUGCCUUUUGAGAAGCCCAGGGAUGCAGAUCCGAGUGGUUCAGAUCUGGGGUUUCUUGAUGACGGUACUGGGCUGGAUCUUUGUGGCGUGUACAAUGGCCAUGGAAGGUUGGAAGAUCACCUCUGUCGGAGGAAUGGGAGGUUCCUCCAUCUUGAAGGUGGCGUGGUACUGGUCCAGUUUGUGGAGAUCUUGCUUUACAGAUUCAACAGCUGUUAGUAAUUGCUACGACUUCCCCGUGCUUUGGUCCGUGGAGGGUCACAUCCAGAUUGUCCGCGGUCUGCUGAUGGCUGCACUAUCAGUAGGCAUGCUGGGCUUCGUGCUUAGCAUGUUGGGCAUGGAGUGCACUUUUCUAGGUGGGAAAGACAAGUCAAAGUACAGGAAGAUCUACACCGGUGGCUGCUGUCAUAUUAUCAGCGGUUUACUCUCCACGAGUGGAUACGCUGUAUAUGCACAAUAUGUCUCAGUAGAAUAUUUCAACCCAAACUUUGAUGGGCUUAAGUUUGAUCUUGGCACCCCGCUGUUCCUCGGCUGGGUCGGCUCCGCCUUUCAGAUGGCUGGUGGUUUCUUCUAUCUGUGGUCAGUUUGCGGGCCACUGUGUGGACAAGAAGAAACAGUGAUUAUCCGACAAUUACCCGAUCCGGAAAAAGACCCCAAAACAAAAUCCACCACAGAACUGUCCUCAGUGUCUGGAAUCACCUCCAAGACCAAGGUGUCGACGGUAUCCGAGCUGUCAUCGGAGCGUUCCAACUUAUCCACCAUCUCUUCAAGAUCAACAUCUGUAGGCUUUGCCAAGUCUGACCGCGGUUUGAACACAAAGAGAACAACCGCCUCUGCCAGAUCAGCGUCAGGUUCGGAGUCUGGCCUCUUGUCCAGAUACAGCGCAUCAACAAUAUCCGGGUCGGACAGCAGCACCAGUCGAGUGUCAUCGGUGUCUGGCAGCUCAAAGACUCAGAAGGCAUCUUUCCUAAGGAACUCCUACAUUUGAAAAACACAGACUAGAAGACCAGCAUGGUCGGGCGGAUCGCGGCAUUUUUCAGAGGAUCGGAAUCGGGGGAAAAAGAUCGGGUUUUUAAUGUAAAAAAUAUACAGUCCCUGACAAAAGUCUUGUCGCUUAUCCAUUUUGUAAAAACAAUUGCUAAUAACUAGAGAUGUCGGGUCUGAUCACGUCAUUUUCAAAGUAUCGGAAUCGGCAAAAAAAUAUCGGCCAUGCCUUUUUUUAAUAUAUAUAUAUAUAUAUAUUUUUUUUAAAUUUAAUUAAAUCGUUUUCUAAUUGUAUUUAUUUAACGUUACAGACAUAAUAUGUUACACUCAUCCAGAGUCUUUAGUUUAGGCUUAAGGAAGGGUUAUCAAAUUUAUCCCGAUAACGGCGUUAAAAAAUGUAUCACGUUAAAAUAUUUAAUGCAAUUAAUGCAUGCACUGCACGACCCACUCAUGCAUUGUCGCGCUCAAUCUGUAAUGGCGCCGUUUUUCCUAUAUAGAGAGAUAAAAGGCAGCGUAAAAUGAAUAGAGUGAAUUUUGGCAGCCUUUGGAGCCGUUUUUAAUUGGCCAAAGCCUUACAAUAUGAAUUUCGUUGUUAUCUUGACAAUGACAAAUAAACUCUGAAUCUGAAUCCCUCUCCCUACGAUUAGGAAUAUCAUGGGAAGCAAUGUUGAGAUGCAAGGUAGCAAUUGAUCUUUUUCUUAACACCUUAUGUUAUUUCCCAACGCAGAGAAGAUAUGUCAAUUGGUAGCACUACGCACAGUCAUGGUUCCACUUCCCAUCAUGCAUUUGGGCAUGGCUACAGUAUCAUUUACUGAAAGCUCAACAAAUACACUAGAUGGCAAUAUUUAGUCACAAUUUACAAAGUCACAAGUCUUUCUAUCCAUGGAUCCCUCUCACAGAAAGAAUGUUAAUAAUGUCAUGUC